AUCACUUUUAGGUCAUCAAAAGAAGUCAAAAAUGACUCAGUUUACUGAUUAAUUAUCCAACAAUCUUCCAAAUGCUAGCUGGGUGACUACAAACAUAUCCGUAUGAUGAUGUUAUUGCAGCAAAUAAUAAAAUUAAUAAUAGGUGUAGUAAUAAUAGGUGAAUGGCAUAUCGCCUAUUCUAUUUUUAUACCUGAUGUAAUGGAAAAUUCAACAAUUAGCGGAAUAUUAGACAGAGACUACACGGUUAAAACAUUAUCGACUUUAGUAACAAGAAGUGGUUAUACGAAUUUUUCAGUGACAACACAACCUCCAACACCCAUUAAGAGAACUGCAAAAUUUUUUAAUAAGGGAUCACUGAAGAAAAAACAUAAAGAAACCGUCGAUGUUUCAUCAAUACCUAUUGAGGACGUUUCUAGAGAAUGGAUGUGUCCAAAUAUAACCGGCACUAGAUCAAUAGAAUGUGCAUGCGACUUGCCGCAUACAUUGCGAUGCAAUGGUGAUGUACAUGGCUUGACGAUAUUGGCUGAAAAUUUACGCACAACACCAUAUUCUGUUGCUUUGUUGGAUAUUUCAUUAAAAAACGUUACGUUUCUCAGCGAUGCCCGAAUAUUUGAUAACGUUUCUUUAAGAUGCCUAAUUAUUUCCUCUGGUGAAAUAAAGCGAGUUCAUAAAUCUGCGUUUUUUGGUAUAAAGGGGCCUCUUCUAGCUUUGGGCUUACCAGGAAAUGCUCUAAUCAGCGUACCAUGGAGUUCUAUAGCAAUAUUGGUGGAGUUGGAACGAUUGGAUUUAUCAAAUAAUAAAAUAAAAGCCUUAGGUACUUCGGAUUUGUCUACCUUAUCAAAUCUUGAGUAUUUAGAUUUAAGCAAUAAUCAGUUGUCGAGUAUUUCGCAAAGGACAUUUGUUAAUCUAAGAAAAUUGGAAAUUCUAAAACUGGGUGGCAAUCGGUUAGGUGACUACGCUUUUAGUCUAAAAGCCCUUACUCAGUGUUUCAAUUUAAGGGAUCUUGACAUCAGUGCCAAUAACUUAAAUGGACCAUUGAGCACGGCUUUGCUACCUAUUUUGAAGAACCUAGCUAGUUUGAAUUUAAAUCGCAAUCUUAUAAAAAGCAUACAAAACAAGGCAUUCGAAAACUUUUCUAAACUUCAAACACUUUUUUUGCGACACAAUCAAAUAGAUGUGUUGCAAGAUCAUGCCUUUUACGGGUUGGGUUCAUUGGAAACUUUAGAUCUGAGCUAUAAUGGUAUAGUGGCUAUAUCGAGCGCUUCAUUACAACAUCUAACUCGUUUAAAAACUCUGGAUUUAACACACAAUUUCCUUAGGGCUCUUACAUCAGAUCUCAUAACUCCAUUACCAUCUCUAAUUGAUCUGCGUUUAUCUGGAAAUGAUAUUUCAAUUGUGGCACGAAAUGCUUUAGAUGGCGCACUAGAACUGAGAAGUAUAUCCAUGCAAGAAAAUCCUCUCUCUUGUGACUGCACCAUACGUGAAUUCGCCGACUGGCUACAAACAGCAAAUUUAAUGUCACAAGAUCUGCUAACUAUAACAUGUGCAACACCACCCAAAUUAGAAGGAGCGCCUUUAAUACAAGUACCAAUAGAAAUGCUCAAUUGUGAUAUGGAAAAUGCGGAAAAGGAUAAUGCAAAUAUCAUUGAACAAUUGGAAGCAUUUGCAAAGAAAAAUCAUUCUACACAUCCAGUUAAGGAUCUGUCGGAUGACAUUGUCUUACAAGAACUUCACUUUUCUACUGAUUAUGGUCUAAUUCUGUCUUGGAGGAUAAAUUUUAGUAAAAAUGGUUAUAUAUGUGAUGCAAUCUUUGUAUACAAGGAGGAAAAUAUUAACGAAAUUCUGAUAGAUAAUUCCCCGAUACAUUGUGAAAGCAAAAUUAUUAAUGGACAAAAUACCGUCAGUGUUAUAGUUCCGGACAGUUCUUCUUUAAAUAUUGGAGAGAGCUAUCGGUUUUGCUUAGUUAUGGUUCAAGAAUAUAACCCCCAUUCUGAUAUAACUGUCGGCUGCUCUAAUAUUACUCUGCUGCAAAUUAGCAACCCUGGCAGUCUCCCAAAAACUAGACAAUUUAAACGGCGCCCUUAUGCUGAUUUUACAAAAUUCGAUAGAUCCGUCGAAUCAGAAUACAAGAACAAAAAUGCACUGGCUUUAGAUUUUGCUAACAGCGGACAUAAAUUCAUCACAAAGUCCAGUCACGAUGAAGAGGACAUAGAUUACUACUCACAGAGAACUUAUAAUUUUUUGAACUCUUUUAAUAAAAGUUUUUUGCCAGGUAUUGGUUUAGGAAUUUUAGUUACAUCUCUGUUAGUUUUGAUUUGGGGAGCAUUACGUCUUCGGCAUAAAACUAGCAAUAACAAUCAUAAUUCAAAUAAUAGCCAUAUAAGCAGAAGAUCGAGUUCGCCAACUGCCACAACAUGCUAUGCUGCAUCAGAACAUAUAGCACGAAUAGCUGAUUCAGAAAAUAGGACGCGUUAUUUAAAACUACAAGCUACUACAAGUCUAUAAUCAAUACAAAGCAAAUCUCCAGAUAUUGACUUGAAGAUUAUUGUCAUAUUACGAUAAAUUUUCAAACAUUUGA